UUCUUCGCCUUCGGUGCCAUGAUGAGAAAGGCUGUCCCUGCCAAGACUGAGGCCAAGGUAAAGGCCCUGAAGGCCAAAAAGGCUGUUCUGAAGGGAGUCCACAGCCAGAGGAAGAAGAAGAUAAGAACCUCCCCAACCUUUCGCCGCCCCAAAACCCUGCGCCUCCGCAGACAACCCAAGUACCCCCGGAAGAGUGCCCCUCGCAGGAAUAAGUUGGACCACUAUGCCAUCAUUAAGUUCCCUCUGACGACAGAGUCGGCAAUGAAGAAGAUGGAGGACAACAACACCCUCGUCUUCAUCGUAGACGUCAAGGCCAACAAGCACCAGAUCAAACACGCCAUCAAGAAGCUCUACAACAUUGAUGUGGCCAAGGUCAACACACUCAUCAGGCCUGACGGUGAGAAGAAGGCAUAAGUGUGUCUGGCUCCAGAUUACGAUGCAUUGGAUGUCGCCAACAAGAUUGGCAUAAUCUAAAUGGCUGCUGGGGAGAUGUACAG